AAAAGCUAAUGAAGCAGAUUGGUGUGAAAAAUGUGAAGCUUUCAGAAUAUGAAAUGAGUAUUGCUGCUCAUCUAGUGGAUCCUCUUAACAUGCAUGUUACUUGGAGUGAUAUAGCAGGUUUAGAUGAUGUCAUUACAGAUCUGAAAGACACAGUCAUCUUACCUAUCAAAAAGAAGCACUUGUUUGAAAAUUCCAGGCUUCUGCAGCCUCCAAAAGGUGUUCUUCUCUAUGGACCCCCAGGCUGUGGUAAAACGUUGAUUGCCAAAGCUACAGCUAAAGAAGCAGGCUGUCGAUUUAUUAACCUUCAACCUUCAACGCUAACUGAUAAGUGGUAUGGGGAAUCUCAGAAAUUGGCUGCUGCUGUUUUCUCCCUUGCCAUAAAGCUACAGCCUUCUAUCAUCUUUAUAGAUGAAAUAGAUUCCUUUCUACGAAACCGUUCAAGUUCUGAUCAUGAAGCGACAGCCAUGAUGAAAGCUCAGUUUAUGAGUCUCUGGGAUGGGUUGGAUACUGACCAUAGCUGCCAGGCUCUAAAACAGAGAGAAGCAAUCCUGAAACUGAUCUUGAAAAAUGAAAAUGUGGAUAGGCAUGUCGACCUGCUAGAAGUUGCCCAGGAAACAGAUGGGUUUUCAGGAAGUGAUUUAAAAGAGAUGUGUCGAGAUGCUGCCCUCCUCUGUGUCAGGGAAUAUGUGAACUCUACUUCAGAAGAAAGCCAUGAUGAAGAUGAAAUUCGGCCUGUGCAACAGCAGGACCUUCAUCGAGCAAUUGAAAAGAUGAAGAAAUCAAAGGAUGCAGCAUUUCAGAACGUUUUAACACAUGUUUGUUUAGAUUAAGAGUAAAGCUCAUUUGUACAGUCGAUGUGAUCCAAUUUGGUGUGACCUGUUAUUAGUGGAGAUAGAUUGGAAGGAGGAGUGCUCUUUAACAGCAAGGGAGUUAAUACAUUGGUUUUAUAUGUUCUAAGUUAUUGAGAUAUAGUGGAUAUGUAAACGGUAUUACUACUGGCCAGAAAUCAUGAGGUGGAACCAUGUAAUCCAACCUGGGUAUGUGCUUGUUUUUGACCUCUUUAGCCAUAUGUUCUUGCAGCCGUAUAGCAUCUAAGCUGGUCUUAAAGUGAUAGAUGAUUCAUAGGUCAUCUGUGAGAAAUGCGGAUGUGGUUAAGUGCUGGUUCCUAGAUAUAUGAGUGAAUGAGUGAGUGUGUGUGUGUGUGUGUGUGUGUAUGUGUUAAAUUUAUAUAGUCAUACAUUUUAUAUUGGCAUUCUGUAGAUA